UGAAACGACGAUGGAUUUACUACGAAGUAGUUACAUACUCUUUGAUGGACUCCUUCAAGUUAUUAGAUUAGACACUGACGUACUCACUUUUGCAAAUUAAUAAAUUUACAAAUUGUGACCUUUAUUUGAUAAUUUUAUGAAUUUGUUACAUUUCGAUGACAUCUUUGGCAUUAAAAAUAAAUCGUGCAAGAAGAACAUCUUAUUUAAACCCGUCGAGCAAUGGACGGGGAUACUGGAAAGUUACAUGAUUUACGUAACGUCAAAUAUAAAGUUGAACAUGAAAGAGGAAGUUUUGCCGGAAUCCGUUUUAACCGUACUAAAUCGAAGUAUCGAGAGAAAAAGAAACAAAAUCUUAGCAGAGAGACUGAAGAAGAUGCAAAUGUUAUUACAAAAAGUGAUUUGGCCUAUGUCUCUGUAAAGAUUGACCAAAAAUCAAGCGUUGAAUCAAAACAAUACACAAAAUGUGCACGACGGAAAGAUUUCACUGGAAAGACGUCUAUUGAUUUUAAGCCUUUUAAAAGUAUGUUAUCAUCGUUUAGUUUUGUGGGCAAAGAUAGAAUAAAAGAAAUAACAUCUAUUGAUUCCCAUACCGAAACGGUGGUGAACGAACAGAAAACAUAUGAUUUAAAUUUAAAUCGUCGAGUUAAUAAUGAGGUUAAAGUAUUAUACGAGCGUGACAUAAACGAAGAAGUGAAAGAACAGAAUAUUUCACGGACAAAAUCUGGUAGUAAAAGUAGGCGCACUAAAAAUAGUCAGAUAAGUUUAUUUGGUUUCCAACGUUGUAUCCAGCGAAAACGUCAAUUAAACUAUAAUUUAAAUGUAUUUUAUAAGUUCUUACAAAGUGAUGCAAAACGCGACAAAUGUUUAUGCUGUAAACAUUACUCUUUUGAAGAUGUUAAUCCAGAAAAACCUAAAAAGAAAUCGUCUUUUGUUAAAUCUCAGAGUGACAAUCCUACGGCACCUAAUUUGCUUAAAGUGACAGAACGAACUACUGUGUCUAACAUAUAUCUAUUGAAGCCAAAAGAUGCUAAGACCACUGACAGUGUAAAAAAAAUUGAAAUUCCCUGCAGUUGUUUGGAACUAGAUAAACGAAAGUCUAUUUUGAAAAAAGGCGAUGGUUUUGAUAACAUUACUGUGCAGACAAUGAAAACUAAAAGUAAAGAAAAAAACAUUGCUACCGCUGAUCAUUUGAAGACGAGACCUUUUUCCGGAGGACCGACUGCUGUUAAUGUUUGUAAGCCUACGAGGAUAUGUAAGAAAUGGAUAAAAGUCGAACCCAAAGUCUGUGAUAACUGCAAACAAUCUAAAUCUACUGGCAUAUUUAAUUUAUUUUGUGCCGCAAUCAAAUAUUUUCUUUUUAUUACGAUUGUUAUUAUAUGGCUACCUUGCAUUUUAGUUUUAGGCCUUGUAUGGUUAAUUACUUAUCCCUUUCGACCUCAUCAGGACCCAAAGGGUGAAACUAAAAGGAAAACAACUAAGAAAUCUCUUCAAAAACCUCCAAAAAAUAUAAAGGAAAUAAAGUGCGCUUACUGUAAGAACAAAAAGAAGUGUUAUGCGUUAUUGAGAAAAAAUAAAGCGACUUCUUCUAAAACUAAUAAAAAGAAAAUGAAAGGUACAAAUUGUCAGAAAAACUUCUCAAAAUGUACACAGUACACGACGACGACAGCAACUAAAUUGCGUCUUCCUGAGAGUGCCACAACUAUAAUGGUAUUACCAUGUGAAGGAGCCACAUCAUCUCUUGUUGGAAAGAAAAGACAUAAAAGUGUGACAUUUAAACAGUCUAGUAAAAACAGAGGUACAGAAACUACUUCAAAUGCAAGUAAAAGUAAACAAACGACCUGCAGUGGAUGUUGGAAGAAAAAAGGUAGCACUCAAAAAUCUGUCACCCAGAGUUUAGAUAAGAAUCAAGCUAAACAAGAUACGAAGCAAAAGCCAAAAUUAAAUUAUAAAUGUCAAGAAAUUAUAAUCAAAAGUUGUCAAGGGAUAAAAAGUCAAAAUCAGAAGGUUGAGGUUUGUGCGCCAAAAUCUUUAUCUAAAGUACUCCAGACGGCUUUAAGUGGAGUAUGUUCAAAUAAUAAUGAAUUUGCAAGUAUUCCUGCAUUACCUAAGAAUAAAAGUUGUAACAAUCUCGAUAAUAAAUGCGUUAAGUGCACGAAAAAAAGGAAAUUCUCCAAUCGUUGGUGUUCAACCACAACACCCACUAAACAUAUGGCAGUGUCUACGACGUCUGUUAUACAGUGUGUUCCUUCGCCUUGUCCUGGUAGUUGUGCUUACACUCAAGCUGUAAACAUACAGGACGCUAAAGGAGAUAAAUGUGAAAAAAGUCGGACCACGAUGAUAAAAUUCUUUCCGCCACCGCGUUGUAAGACAAAUACUGUAGGCAGUGGCAUCAAUCUACGUGUAUGUAAUUCUUCUAAAUCUACGCUGGCUCCUUUCUCAUCUUGUUGUAAUCGUAAUAUCUGCGGUAAAAAAUCAUUUAAAAUUAUCUCUGUGAACAAGUUGUUCCCAUCCCUUCGACCAUGUUUACGAACGGUAUCAAGUAAUACCAUAAAACCAAAAACUUCUUCCAUUUCUAAAUCAAAAGAAAGAAAGCAAGACGACGAUGUGGGACGAAAAGAACCGAAGGUUAAGAAAGUUGAAAAACAAAAAGAAAAGGACGCCAAAAAAUGUGGAAAAGAAGAAGUGAAGAACAUUAAGAAACGUGAGAAAGAAGAAAAGAAGGCUAAAAGCCCUGACAAAGAAAAAGAGAAGUCUGUUAAGAAUCGUGAGAAAGAAGAGAAGAAGGCUAAGAGUCCUGACAAAGAAAAAGAGAAGUCUGUUAAGAAACGUGAGAAAGAAGAGAAGAAGGCUAAAAGCUCUGACAAAGAAAAAGAGAAGUCUGUUAAGAAACGUGAGAAAGAAGAGAAGAAGGCUAAAAAUCCUGACAAAGAAAAAGAGAAGUCUGUUAAGAAACGUGAGAAAGAAGAGAAGAAGGCUAAAAAUCCUGACAAAGAAAAAGAGAAGUCUGUUAAGAAGCGUGAGAAAGAAGUGAAGAAGGCUAAAAGUCCUGACAAAGCAAAAGAGAAGUCUGUUAAAAAAGAUGAAAAGAAGGCUAAAAGCCCUGACAAAGAAAAAGAGAAGUCUGUUAAGAAACGUGAGAAAGAAGAGAAGAAGGCUAAGAGUCCUGAAAAAGAAAAAGAGAAGUCUGUUAAGAAACGUGAGAAAGAAGAGAAGAAGGCUAAAAGCCCUGAUAAAGAAAAAGAGAAGUCUGUUAAGAAACGUGAGAAAGAAGAGAAGAAGGCUAAAAAUCCUGAUAAAGAAAAAGAGAAGUCUGUUAAGAAGCGUGAGAAAGAAGAGAAGAAGGCUAAAAAUCUUGACAAAGAAAAAGAGAAGUCUGUUAAAAAACGUGAGAAGGAACAAAAAAAAGCUAAAAAUUCUGAUAAAGAAAAAGGAAAUCCAGGUAAAAAAGGUGCCAAGGAAGAGAAGAAAGUUAAUAAUCCUGGAAAAGAAAAAGGGAAUCCCGGUAAGAAAAGUGCGAAAGAAGAGAACAAAGUUAACAAUCCUGGCAAAGAAAAGGGGAAUCCUGGUAAGAAAAGUGCGAAAGAAGAGAAGAAAGCUAACAAUCCUGGCAAGGAAAAAGGGAAUCCUGGUAACAAAAGUGCGAAAGUAGAGAAGAAAGUUAGCAACCCUAGCACAGAAAAAGGAAAUCUCGUUAAGAAAAAUGCGAAAGAAGAGAAGAGAGUUAACAAUCCUAGAAAAGAAGAGCAGAAGAACGUUAAGAAAUAUGAUAAACCUUUUUAUGUGAAAAAAUAUUUACCAGCACCUACUCCGAUAGGUAGACAUAUGUCUAGCAACACUGAUGUUGAGAUGUCUUCAGAAAAUCUGAAUACUGAAUCUCCGAAAUCCAAUACUGUCGUAAAAUAUAUUCCUCCGCCUUACGAGCGUACAGUAACUUCAGGUGUCAAUACAAGUAAUCCCCAAUCUCCAUCAACAGGCAAAUUCAAAUCUAAAUCUAGCUCUGCGUGCUUCACCACAGCAACUAAAAUAUUAAAAUUUUUUCCAAAACCCCGCUCGUAUUCUGUUGGAAGUAUUACAACUGAAGUCAAAUUACCUUUAAAACCAUUAAAGAAACAAAAGGCAAAAAAGAAAACUCCCUCUGAAAAAGGGAAACCUGUUUGUAAACCACCCGGCCUAUUGUUGCAGGACCGUAAGUCUUUUGCUAGAAGACGUUCACAGGAAAUGAAAGCCGGCAAACCCGUCCAUAUUCAUAAAUUUUUUCCAAGUCCAAUACCUUGUACUCGGUCAAUAUCUAUUGGUGCCCGUCUUCAGGAUGAAGUAAAAAUACCUCGCAAAUCUAGCAAAUCUACGACUUUUCCGCAAAAACCUUUUUUUCGAUCCCUUACGGCUACAAUGGCUACUAAUACAUGUAGCGUAGGUCCUACACGAAUUUUUAAAUAUAUUAAAAGUAAAAAGUCUUUUAUAACUCGCGGCACAGUUCCGCAAAAAUUUAAGGAAGAAAAAGUUUCGAAAUCAGAUACAAGUAUAAAAAAGAGUGUGGACAAAACGAGUAAAAAAGGAAAGAAGCCUGUGAAACCUACUAAACGAAAAAAGAAAAAGAAACGACCUAGCAGAGUCAGAUUUUUUGUUAGAGGUAAAAGCAUAGGAAAACGUAGCACUGGCAGCAACACAAGACGUAUUUACACAAAAUCUAGAGAAGUUAUGUUAAAACCGACAGGCCCACUAAUUAGAUUUUUUCUCCCUAAAAAACCUUUGACAAGUACCCGGGGAGUCAAUCCAAGAAAAGAGAAAUUUUGUUUUAUGAGGGAACUUCGUGGUUUUCCAAAAAAACAAAUAUGUAAAUAUCGCAAGACUUCUGUAAUAAUACCCAAAAAAAUCGUAAUAUAUAAGAGGCCAGAUCAAAGUCCUGAAUCGUCACCAUCUUCUCGGUCAGCAGCAGAUCUCACAACCGCCUCUUCUAGAAGUAAAUCGGAGGGUAAGCAGCAAGCUAAGGAUGGUAAGAAGCAAGCUAAGGAUGGUAAGAAGCAAGCUAAGAAGCAAGCUAAAGAGCGAGCUAAGCAGCGAGCGGAUAGUGUUAAACAACGAGCUAAGGAGAAAGCGAAGGAAAAAGAUAUGGAAAAAGAUAAAGAUCGAGCAACGGCACUAGCUAUCAAGGAACAAAAAGCACGAGCUAAGGAUCAAGCUAAGCAAAGAGCAGAUGAACGUGCUGACGCAAUAGCUAAACAGAAAGCUGAAUUUAGAGCUCAGGACCUUAAAGCUCAAGAAGAAAUGAGAAGACUACAAAGGAAGAACCGCGAAAAGGCACGUAAACGCAAACCUAAAUUGACGUUCAAACAAAAUGCUGGACUCUUCCUAAAGCAACUAAAACCGGUAUAUUAUAACAUAGAAUGUCAAGAUUUAAUAUCGAGAGGACCGAAACCGUGCAAGCUUAUUUAUGACCUUUGGCCCUCUGCUUACCCUGCGUUUAUGGUUUUGUAUAAAAUGUAUAACAAUGUUAUGCGCCUUUUUUUCUUUUUUCUUGCAUGUUGUGUUUGGAGUCCACUUUUUUCUAGGGGCUUAAAUCUACUAGAGAUUUUCACCCUGCGCAGAAAAUCACCAUGUCAUCAGAAGACAGUGUACCUUCCCGAAACUGAAAUAUUUCAAAUCGAUAGUAGUUCAGAGCCUAUUCAAUGA